AUGGGAAUCUCGUUUCGGAUCCCAUCUCGGUUCAGCGCUCUGGGCUUGGCAGGGUUACUCGGUGUGUCGCCCUCCAGCGUCGAACAACCGGAUUUCAUCAGUGCACGAGCAAUUUCCCCUGCACUGCGAUUUGGCGAUUUUGACCCCGGGUCGCCUUCCAUCCUCGAGCAACCGGAUUUCAGCAGUGCACGAGCAAUUCCCCCUGCACUGCCACUUUUCAUUUUCACUGGGGAUUUGGGGUUCUAA